CUAUAUUCUGUUUUAAAAAAGUUGAAGCGUUGGGACGCAAAGCAACGCAACCUUUGGUUGGUAGAGGCUGCUGCCAAACUCUAUAUAAGAAGCACAAAUAUGUCAGACAUCAACAUUGACGAUGCUAAGGAGUUAGAUUUCACUGACAACACUCCCAAUGAUAAAGUGGAUGAUGAUCCUUUGGUGCAUGACCCAAAGCAUUCAGAUUUACAUGAGGAAAAUCCCUUACCUACACUCCAGGAGGAGGAGGAAAUGAUCAAGAAAAAGUAUGGAGGAAUGUUGCCAAAGAAACCUCCAUUAAUAUCCAAGGACCACGAACGAGCAUAUUUUGAUUCUGCUGAUUGGGCAUUAGGCAAGCAAGGAGCACAGAAGGCCAAAGGUCCACUAGAGGCUCUUCGUCCAAAAUUGGAGCCGACACCACACCAACAACUUCGUUCAAGACAAUCAACUUAUGCUUCCACAGAUGAUGGUGAAGUGGUUGAUGACAAUAAUAAUGAUGCUCCUUUUAAGGAUCAAAGUUGCAAGUUAGAUGCUACCAAUAACAACAAUGCCAAUUCCAUGGAUUAGAGUUACAACAACUAGUUGCUCUGCUUACAGCAUGUAAAGCAGUUGAUCAUGAAUCUGAGACCCUCUUUGAGUACUUAAUUGAAUAAACUAUUAGUAGAUUUUGUGCUUCUUGUUGUAAUAAUGAACUCUCUUUCCAACUCUACAAAGUUGCACCUUUUUGUUGGUCAAUGUUGGCAGGAAGUUAUUAGUCCAUGGCAUGUUGCACAAAUUGGCAUAAUUCAUUUGAAUGUCAAUUCCCCAGAGCUAUGAAACAUAGAAGCUUCUCCGGAGGUUAGUGUGACACGUGUCAAUAAUGGACAAGCACUAAA